GCAACAGUCAAGAUCAAUUAUUCUAUAAAUAGCACCUGUUUGUGUUUAUUGUAGAUCGCCUUAGUUCCCUAUUCUCCAUUCAAUAGUAGUUUGAUUCUGAAAGGUGCGGGUCGUCGUCUGGCGCUUUCCGAGGAUUAAGUGAUCACCAACUAAAAUGCCGAUAGAUUUUUACUACGCCCCGGGAAGCGGACCGUGUCGCUUUAUCGAGUUGACCGCGAAAACGUUGGGUGUCAAUUUGAAUUACAAAGAGCUCGACCUGAUGGUAAAAAAAGAACACUUAACUCCCGAAUUUAUUAAGAUCAAUCCCCAACACUGCAUUCCAACAAUUGUUGAUACCGGAUUUGCCCUCUGGGAAAGUCCAGUAAUUGCCACCUAUCUUGUAGAAGCUUACGGAAAGACCGACUCUUUGUAUCCAAAAGACCCCAAAAAGAAAGCAACAGUCGAUCAACGUCUGUAUUUCAACAACGGCGUCCUCUACCAACGCCUCGCCGAUUAUUACUAUCCGAUAAUCUGGGGUAACGCAACACCCGAUCCUCAAAAGUACAAGAAAGUCGAAGAGGCUCUGCAAUUUUUGGACACAUUUUUGGGCGCCGACGAGUACGUCGCCGGUGAUUCCUUAACGCUCGCCGACUUCGCCAUAGCCACGACCUUGUCAACUUUUGACGUCGCCAAACUCGAUCGUUCCGCUUACAAGAACGUCUCGAGAUGGUACAAGAUGCUUCAGACGUCCGUACCGGCGUUCGAAGAAAUAAACGGCCUCGAGAAGCUCACGAAAAUGUUCGACGCCAUCGCUAAGAAAGCUAAAUCAUAAGUCGAAUCUGUGUGAAGGGUUUUGAAGCGUUUGUUUGUAAAUAAAUUUGUUCACUCAUGGCUACAGCACAAAAUUGUGCUGUUGUUAGGCGGUAUCAAGCUUUUACCAAACUUGUUCCAUAUUAUGGUGUCAUUUCAUUUCAUUUUCAUUUCAUUUUAUUAUUUGUGAUCUAUACAAUAGUAUUUUCACACGUCAUCAGGUACAAUUACAUAAUAUUAAAAAAAAAAGACAAAGGACACGAGAACAUGAUCACACAAGGUACUGUUGCUUUUAAAACUUAAAUGUUAUCAAAUUUAUCUUUUAAAAAUUCUUCAUAAGAAUAAAAAGCUUUUCGUUUAAGGUAACUAUUUACACAGUUUUUAAAUGCGUGCAAAUCUAAAUAUUUUAUUUGUUUUGGCAAGACAUUGAAAAAUUUCAUGCCGUAAAAUGUAGUGCCAUCUUUGGUCUUGUUUAAUCUAUGAAACGGUAUAUAAAGAUUCUCUUUGUUCCUUGUAUUGUAAGUAUGAAUAUCCGUGCUUACAGUUAGUGUAGUCAUGUGUUCUUUAGUAUAUAUUAAACAUUGCUGUAUGUAAAUGCAAGGUAAUGUCAAUAUAUUUAAUUCGAUAAAA